AUGAAAACAGUUCGAGCACGAGCAUACGUAUUCAGAGCCAGUCAGGACCUAACCCAACCACUUCAGAACAUUGGCACUAUUGACUUUGCUCAGUACGGCGGAUAUGUAAAGAUCAAUGGUACUCUCAGUGGUCUGCCACAGGGUCCUCACGGUUUUCAUAUCCACGAGAAAGGAGACAUAGCUAACUCAUGUUUAAAUGCUGGGCCGCACUUCAACCCGACACAGCAGGUUCAUGGUGGUCAGCACGAUGCAAUACGGCAUGUUGGGGAUCUGGGUAACAUUGAAGUUCCGGUUCGUUUUAUUUCUUCUCAUCUUUUUCGAUCGACUAAAUUCAACUGAGG